CUUCAACACACUGGAGAGAGGGGGAAUACAAAAUCGGUCUACAGGCUUUGAUUCCCGAUGUAUUUGUGUGUUAGGCAAGUUGUUCGCUGCAUAUAGGGCAAUUUUUUUUUUUCAUAAUUUAUUAUAUUAGCUUGUUCUUCUGGUCUAAUGCUGUCACUUCUGAUGGACUGCAAAACCAGCUCCUUAUUUAAUUGAAAGUUGAAGUGUUUCAAGGUAUUGAAUGGAAAACCGUGCUCAAUAAGAAUAAUAUUUUUUUAAACAAGUUUAACAACGUUAUAAGAUUACCUACUGUUGCAUCCGCGGUAGACAACUUUUCAGCAUCGCCACAUUAUCGUCUGCUGUGUAGAUCGUAGUCUUCUCCGCCACCGCCGCCACACCGCCAUCAUGCCUAGCAUGCGACAGUCGUACACCGUGACCGUGCCAGAGGAGUCGCCGGUCACCGCUUUCCCUUUCCUAAAGACAGACCUGCGCAAGAAGAGCAGCACUCCAAUGUCACGCUCUAUGUUGGUGUCCACAUUUGUGGGUCUGCUAAUCAAUCAAGCCAAGAACUCUAAGAGUCCCCAAGGUUUGGUGGGACUGAGGAACCUUGGUAACACAUGUUUCAUGAACUCCAUACUGCAGUGUCUGAGCAACACUCCUGACUUAAGGGACUACUGUCUGAUGAAUGUACACCGUACCGACAUUAACAACAACUGCAGGUCCCAGUCUGCUCUCAUGGAAGAGUUCGCCAAACUCACUCAGACUCUAUGGACGUCAGUCAGCAGUGAGCCCAUCAGUCCUUCAGAUUUUAAGUUCCAGAUCCAGAGAUAUGCACCCAAAUUUGUGGGAUACAAUCAACAAGAUGCUCAGGAGUUCCUGCGUUUCUUGUUGGAUGGCCUCCACAAUGAGGUCAACAGAGUCACAGUGCAGCCCAGGGUCCCACCCGAGGACAUUGACCACCUCCCUGACAGUGAGAAAGGGAAGAGAAUGUGGAAGAAGUACUUAGAGAGAGAGAACAGCAAAGUGGUCGAUCUGUUUGUUGGCCAACUGAAGAGCUCUCUGACCUGCAAUGAUUGUGGCUACUGCUCAACUGUGUUCGAUCCAUUCUGGGACCUGUCACUACCCAUCGCUAACAAAGGUUCAGAGGAAGUGAAUCUGACAGAUUGCAUGCGACUCUUUACCAAAGAAGAUGUACUGGAUGGAGAUGAGAAACCGACGUGCCACAGGUGUAAAGCCAGAAGGAAAUGCACUAAGAAAUUCACCAUCCAGAAGUUCCCACAGGUCCUUGUGCUUCACCUUAAACGCUUCUCAGAGAACCGUUUUCAAAGUAGUAAACUCUCUACCUAUGUCAACUUCCCUCUCAAAGAGCUGGACAUGAGUGAAUUUGCCUCAGACACAAACAUGAACACAGUGUACAAUCUGUAUGCCGUGUCCAACCACUCGGGGAACACUCUGGGUGGCCACUACACAGCGUACUGCAGGAACCCGUCCCUGGGGGAGUGGUACAGUUACAACGACUCCAGGGUAAGCCCCAUGUCGUCCAGCCAGGUCCGCAGCAGUGACGCAUAUGUGCUCUUCUAUGAGCUGGCAUCCUCCUCUCAUUCACGCCUAUGAAGCUACUUAUCAUGGACAUAUGGGCUCCACAACGCCUGGCAGCAACUACAUAGGACAACAUAGCAGUACGUAGCAACUGGAUUGGCCGAGUAGGCCUGUGUCUGGUCGGAUAGUUGAUAUUUGAGCUUUGCUCAGUGGAUUACAUGCUGUAUAGCGGAUUCAAAAUGGAUUCAGCUACUGCACUGCCUGGAUACAAACACUGACUUGAGGUUUUCCUGCAGCACUUCUUCUAAGGACAUUGGGAAGAGUGUUGGAACAGCUAAAAAACAUGUCCACUGAAUGUCAGAAUUUUUUUUGGGGAUGUUACAUUUGACAGUCUGAAUGAGCAGGACAGUGAGCAGGUGUCUGUGUGUGUGUGAGUAUGUGUGUGUGUGUGUGUGUGUGUGGAUGCAUGUGUGUGUGUGUGUGUGUGGGUGCAUGUGUGAGUGUGUGUGGGUGCAUGUGUGAGUGUUGGUGCAUGUGUGUGAGUGAGUGUGUGUGUGUGUGAGAGAGAGUUAGCAUGUAUGUGGCUGUGUGUGCAGUCACCCUGCAGACCGUAAAUAACUGUAUAUCUUUCUAUGCACGAGAACAAGGACUCUAUGAGCCCAAAGUGGGGUUGUGUAACUUACUCAAAGGACACAACCAACAAAUUAAAUACUUUAUUGCAUUAACCUUCCGUGCUGUAAAUUAUUACAUUUAAACUUGAUGUCACCAGCUGUGACUGUAGAGAUGGAUGGAUCUCUAGCACUCUCUGGCGGUUGGCUGUUGUUACACUUACACUUGAAGAAAGAGGGCCACUUUGGGACGUUGUGCUCGGAGUGUAGGGUUGGCACACCCUCAUCUCCUCAGACUUUCAAUUGAACUGUGCGCGCGCGCGUGUGUGUGUGUGUGUGUGUGUGUGUGUAAAGGUGAAAGAGACCAAGAGAGGAGUUAAUCUCCAACUCUAAACAUAAGGUGAACAAAUCAAGCAAUGGCGCAGUGAUUGGGAGAGAAAUUACAUUUCUAUGUUUUUAUAACUUUUCCAUAUUUUAUUUUUUUAUUUAUAAACCAACAUGGUGACUGUACUGUGGUGCAAAUCAUAUCAGUGUUUUUGCAGAAUAUGGCAACAUAUCGACUCUUGAAACAAAGUGACUUUCUGAUGUAAAAAAAUCUGAUUCUGUAUUAAAUGUCUAGAAGUGAAUAGGAGUACUUAAAAAUAUUAAAUAAACUGUUCUUAGAAAAUGUC